AUGUUACUUUUAUUCUUGAGUACACUUGUGAGUGCUGGGUAUUAUGGUGUUGACUAUUCAGAUGCUGUAUCUGUCUCGAGUCUGUCUUGCUUCAAAAGCAGUGGUUUUGGUGACAUGGUAAUCAUCCGUGGUUGGGAAGAGAUAUAUAAUGUUUUUGAUGCAAACGCCGUUCAGAAUUUAAAAAAUGCGUACACUGCGGGGUACACACAGAGUCAAAUAGAUAUGUACUUUGAGCCUUGUUUUGGUUGUGGGAACCUCGACGUGCAGCUCAACGACUUUUGGAAUUUGGUCAAAAGCAACAACAUGAAGUUCAACAAACUUUGGAUUAGUCUCGAAGUCUUUGUAACUCACAGUUUAAAAACAGAUGUUGAGGAGUUAACAUCUUUACUUGACAAAGCAAAUGCUCUUGGAAUUAAUUAUGGCUUGUUAACUUCGUACAGCGACAUAGCUAGUUUCUAUGGCUUUACCCUCAAAAAUCCCGAAAGUGUCCAAUUGUGGUGGUACAACAUCGACAACCAACCUAAUUACGACGAAUAUGAUAAAGACAAAAUUCAUUACAUCGGAUGGCACCCUGAAAAACCUGCCAUGAAGUUAUAUUCAAAAAAUAUGAAGUUGUGCAACGUGGUUGUGAAUUAUGACUACAAAGAGUAA